GGUCCGGGGCUGCCUCAGUUUUCUGUAAUCGUUUUUCUGCUGCUGCUACCUCCAGUUAAAUAGCUAGGACACGGGAGCGAGCAGACGGCCGUGUGAGGAUAUACUUUUUUCGGUACCUUGGGAUUACGACGCGGAAUUGCAGCAUCGACGGCCAGCCGCCAGGUAAUAUCGACACACGCAUCUAAACGCCCCCCGUAGAUACGCGAAAAGGCCCACGAUGUCCAGCGAAGUGCAGAGACCGGAUGACAGCCCCAGCACGAGCGGGGGAAGCUCAGAUAUUGAACAAAGGGAAUCUGUACCACCUGAACAGGAGCGAGAGCAAGCACAGCCCAAAAAGAAGGAGACUAAGAUCUCGAGUAAAACCGCUGCUAAACUUUCAACUAGUGCCAAGAGGAUUCAGAAAGAGCUUGCAGAAAUAACACUAGAUCCACCUCCAAACUGCAGCGCUGGCCCCAAAGGAGACAAUAUCUACGAGUGGAGGUCGACAAUCCUGGGACCCCCGGGCUCCGUGUACGAGGGAGGCGUCUUCUUCCUGGACAUUGCCUUCACGCCAGACUACCCAUUCAAACCCCCCAAGGUAACUUUUCGUACAAGGAUCUAUCACUGCAACAUCAACAGUCAGGGGGUGAUCUGUCUGGACAUCCUGAAGGACAACUGGAGCCCCGCACUUACCAUCUCUAAGGUGCUGCUGUCCAUCUGCUCCCUGCUAACAGACUGUAACCCAGCCGACCCUCUGGUGGGAAGCAUCGCCACACAGUACCUGACCAACAGAACAGAGCAUGACAGAAUAGCCAAACAAUGGACGAAGAGAUACGCCACAUAGACUCCCCGCUGUGAACCGUCCCCUCCUUUACCUCCCUCACCCUUCACUGUACCUCUCUCUACCUCUUGCUCUCACCCAUAGUCUGUCAAAGCACACUCACUAAGUGCAACGGUAUACCUGCCCUCCUAUCACCCUCCUGCUCCUCCUCUUUCUCCUCCUCCCCAACAUUUUAUCUACCUUUUCUGUGUAAAAAAAAAAAAAAAAUAAUAAUCAAACAAGACAAAAAAUGUCCUUUGUUCCUUGUUGACUUGAAAGCUUCUUUUUAUACAAAGAGUAGAUUGGGAUUUUUAUUUUCCAGUAACUGAAUGUUGGAAGUAUUGUAUUGGAGAAAAAAAAACACAGAAUAUUAUAAUUAUCAUACGCAUUGUCCUCCAGCUAUACAGUAUGUAUUCUCAUUUUCUUAGUGGCACCUGGAACAAACAUGCAGAAUAUAUGCUUUUACUUUGUUUUUCUUGUUUUGGUUUGUUUUUUUAGUUUUUUUGUAUUUGUCAUCAAUACGUUAUCUGCAUGGAACAGGAAGGUUUGCAUCAAUGGAUCCUUCAUGCUUUUUAACUUCCUCUGAUUUUGUUUGUACUGUAUGUAUUUUUUCAAAGGCUUUUGAGGCAGACCACAAAAGUAUAGGUCUGCCUGUGAAAGAGGCAGGACUUGUAUAUUUACUGGCUACCGCCACCUCUGCAAUUGCAGAGUGGUUUGUUGUGCACUUGUAUUACUGAAGCACCCAAUAAAACACACUGUGGUUGGCUUGUGAGAAAAA